AUGAAACCAAUUUCUCAAAAACGAGCAGGUCUUCAAGGUAUUCGAGGAAUCGCUAUUAUUUCUGUAGUGGGUUUUCACUUUUUUCCCGAGUACUGUCCAAAUGGAUACUUGGGUGUUGAUCAAUUUUUUGUCCUCUCCGGCUACUUAAUGUGCAUGUUGCUCCAAAAAUCAGACCCUACACACCCAUGUUCUCUGAUUGUAUUGUUCUACUCAAAACGAAUGAAACGGAUAAUCCCUUCAUAUUUUCUUAUCAUUUUCUUAUCAUUGAUAAGUCUGUAUGCAAUUUUCCCCGAAACAUCUUGGGCUACAAAUCAAAAUUCUGGGGCAAGAGCACUGGUUUUUGUGUCAAAUCAACCGAAAUCUCUAGAGGAUGAUUAUUUUCAAAUGCUUUCAGUUGCAAUUGAUAUAUUCACCCAUACGUGGUCGUUGUCUGUAGAGGUUCAGUUUUAUUUAAUGAUACCUUUGAUAUAUCUGAUCGGAGAGAAAUUGUCAAGGAGGUUUCAGAUUCUCUAUUAUAUUUUAAUAGACUUUCGAUUUUUCAGGAAGUUGCUCAUAUUUUCAUCAUUUUUAUUCAUCACCGACUACAUCAUUCAUGAGUGUUUUUGCAAGGAUUUGGCAGUUUCUGAUUGGUUCUUAACGUUUUAUGAUAUCGAAUUGAUUCUUGCUUCCACUUCUGAAGAUCCGGAAUUUGAGAAACUACUUAUGGAUUCUGAUGACAAUGACUCUGUUAUUAAACCCAACAAAAAAAUUGAUACAUUUCUAAAUUAUUUUUGCAUUUUUCUUAUUUUUAGUUUAUUAAUUCUAUUAUUCUAUCCAAUUGUCUUGGAUUCUAGAAUCCUACGACUGAUCAUCACAAUUGCCACAGGAUUGCUCAUAUCAAUUUCGAAAGCUGAUCAAAGAAUUUUGUCAAAUCCCAUAUUAACUUACUUUGGAGAUAUUUCAUAUUUAUUUUAUCUAGUGCAUUGGCCCAUUUAUGCAUACUGGAAGUUAGCUACAACAAAAGAUCAACACACACUGCUAAUCCUUCUCGCUGCUUCUGUUUUUUUUUCCAUUUUCAUUCAUGAAACAGUUGAAAAAUGGUACCUAAAGCAGUGCUCUACAACCAUAGGAGUGAUUACUCUGAUUUUUCUGAUAUUGAAUGUAGCUCUGAUCAAUAAAGAAAAGCUAGUUUAUGAUCAGCCGAUGAUGGAACAAUUGGAUCAUGGAAAUUUAACGUUAGAUGAUGCUGCUCGUUUAAACCACUUUUGGAAUGUAAAAGACUAUCUUAACUUGAUGGUCCCGACUUGUCGGUAUGAAUCUCCUUACGGACCAUUUGGAUGGUGCCAUCAUAAAACUGACGGGUUAUCCGGAACAUAUAAAGUGAUGAUUAUUGGAAAUAGUUGGACAGCAAAUCAUGCUAACGUCUUCUAUCAAGAAUGUGGUCAUAUUGCUAAGAGCAUUCUGCAAGGCGCUGCUUCGGCUUGCGAGCCUCUCUACCCUACUCGUUUAUCAAGAGCUUGUCGCUCUAAUUUUACCAACUUUGAGGAACGAAUACGUCAGGAAAAGCCAGAUUUUGUUUUUAUGUUCACAAGAUUCGUCACUAUUGGCGAUCCGUUUCCACCGAAUGUCACAGUUUCCGACAAUGACACAAUUUAUGAAACUAUGAAAGAGCAAAUGCUAAAAUUUAUACCAAAUAUAUCUCGAAGACUUUACAUUUUGGAUGCGAUGCCACGACCAAACGUAGAAUAUAUUGAAAAAAUCGUACCAAUGCUGAAGGAAAAAGUUCCGAUGGAACAAAUUGACAAUUUUCUUGUCAACCAAACCUUGUACCAAACAGCGCGUCAGAGAUAUGCCAAAAUCGCCAAAGAUUGUGGUCCGACAUGUGUUCUCGUAGAUUAUGACCCGAUUUUCUGGAAUUCGACUUCUGGAACUUUUCGGUUUUACGACGAGAUUGGAAGGUCCUAUUUGAGUACUUCAACUCAUUUGACACCUCGAGGAUUAGAACAUAUACGAAAUGUUUGGACCGAUGUUUGUAGAAGGAUAUUGUGA